CCCUCAUUUCUUCUUCUUCUCGUACGUAAGACAAUAGCAGAAGCAAGAGCACCACCGUCUGCAACACCAUCCGCCACCUCCGCCUACGCCACAUCAAGGACAAGAUUGUAAUGUGAAGAUGGAAAAUCAGGAUCUUUCCCCACAACAACACAUGGAUGCAUCUAGGCCGUCUCUCGGCUUACCCCUCGGCACUGCUCUCCUCUUACUUGUCAUUUUCAGCUUAAGCGGAAUCUUCUCCUGCUGUUACCACUGGGACAAGCUCAAAUUCCUCCGUGGAUCUUUCGACGACGACGCUGCCGCCGACGGUGCUGAUAUUGAAGCUUCCCACUUCAAACCCAAGCCUAACGAAACGGAUGUAAAGAAGAACCAGAGGCAAAGCUUGCCGGUUCUAAUGCCAGGAGACAAUAUUCCGAAGUUCAUAGCAUUGCCUUGUCCCUGUGAACCUCCACGAGAAGCUAAGGUUGUAAUAGAAGUACAACAGACACCCAAGUCUCCUCGUUUUCCAGUUCCUUUGUAUUAGGAGAUUCAAUUUUGUUGUAAAUAGUUGAUUCCCCCGGUGUAGAACAUCAGGUAAAUUUGUAAAUAUUGGAGUAGUAAAUUUAUUUAUGC